AUGGAAUAUCAGGACGAGUUCGAGAGGCUUUUGGUCAAGAUUAAGGGUGCGUCGCUAUCGGAGAGUCACCUUGUCUCCAUAUGUGAAUCGGGCUUCAAAGAUGCUAUUCGAUGGGAACUACACUUGCGAAAGCCGUCGUCCUUGUGUGAAAUGCUUCAAGUGAGAGAGGGUCUCCCUGUAUUUGCUGUUGGAGUAGGCCUGAGCAAAAAAACAUUCGACAGAGCAUCUGUUCAUUAUUAUGUUCAAUCCCACAUCCAGAUUAACGAAUACAGGGAUCGUGUGAUUUUGCCUGCUGCGACAAAAAAGUAUGGGAAGCAUAUCAGUAACUGUAUAAAGAUACUAGAUAUGGCUGGCUUGAAACUCUCAGCACUAAACCAGAUAAAGUUCCUGACUACAAUUACUUCUAUUGACGAUCUUAACUACCCUGAGAAAGCACAAACUUAUUACAUUGUGAAUGCGCCAUAUGUCUUUUCAGCAUGUUGGAAGGUUCGUGUGAAUCCUGUCACGCUUUCUUAUGACAGAACACUACAUAUAUCAUUACAAGACCAGUAACAAUGCAGCCAUUUUCGGAGCACUCUAUGUCUGGUGAAAUACCAUCUCAACUAUUCAGCUCAAGUUAACUCUUAACAUUAGUACAGAGUUUGGAGAUUUUAAUAAUAUCAACGUGGGAUGAAGUGCUACCAAAUGAGAUCAGUUCGAUUAGAUCAAGGUAGAUGUAGCAGAGACGAUGUAUUUUGAGACGAACAGAAGAAGGGGAUAGAGAUAAGGAGGCUCUCAUUUUAAGCUAGUUUAUACUCUCUCCGUCCCCGAAUAAGAGUUACUAAUUUCCAUUUUGGUCCAUGCCCAAUUAAAAGUUGCACUACAUUUUUAUUAUAAAUGGUAAGUAGGUCCCACAUUCCACUAACUCACUUCACUCACAUUUUAUUAUAAAACCAAUAUAAAAAGUGGGUCCCACAUUCCACUAACUUUUUCAACCAACUUUUCUUUACAUUUCUUAAAACCCGUGCCCGGUCAAAGUGCUACUCCUAAUGGGGGACGGAGGGAGUAGUUUAUUGACUCAUUUUAAAGCAAGUUUAGAAAUACAUGUGUGGAAACUAGCAUUUACAAAUGAUUGUUUAGUUAGUACAGUUGUUUAGUGCUUCAUGUGUAAAAUUAUACUUCUACUAAUUUAUUUAAUAUCAAAUUUUAU